AUAGAUUGUUUGAGUCUCGGGUUUCUGUGACUGGAGUAUACAUACUCCGAGUAUGUCUAACAACCCUGAUACCUGAAGACUAUUGCCAUAUUUAGUAACAAUAUGCAUAGUAUAUUCUAGGUAAGGAUCAUCACUGAAAACUUUCCGAAAUUUCUUAUUGUUGACGUUAACUUUCAGAUUUUAAGAUGUCGCUGUAGAGGCAACCAGUUUGUUUAAGAAGGUAUUCACCAAACAAUUACAGAGCUACCUGGGCGGCUAUCAGACAAGAUGACAACGGCGGAGGAGAAUGGAUGCCAUGAUGACGAUCAUUUCGGAGUUGCAGUCGUUGGCGGAGGAAUUGUGGGGUUAGCUCUCGUCACUGGACUACUUCAUCGUGGGAUAAGAGUGAAGCUCUACGAAAAAACAUCUGCUUUCCGCCCUAUUGGGGCAGGGAUCGGUUUCACUCCAAACACUCAACAGGCCCUGCAGUUGCUGAACCCAGGUGCUUUUGCUGCCCAGCAGAAAGUAACGACCGCAAACGGUGACCCAAAAAAUCCAAAUGACUGGCUAUUAUAUCUGGAUGGGUACAGUAGUGAUGUUGAGGAGCUCAUAUUUAAGUUACAUGCUGGCUAUCGAGGUUUUGAAGGCUGUGUGCGGGCGGACUUUCUCGAUGAAAUGCUCAAACUCAUACCCCCGGAGAUUAUCCAGUUCAAUAAGUCAAUCGUAGACAUUGUGGAUCCAGGCGACGGUGCAAAGGUUCAGAUGCACUUCAAAGAUGGCAGCACGGCUCAAGCGGAUGUUGUUAUUGGCUGUGAUGGUAUCAAGAGCCGGGUACGAAAGUUGAUUUUGGGUGAGAGCCAUCCAGCAGCAGAGCCUUCCUACAAUCACCAGUACGCCUUGCGUGAUGUGGUUCCCAUGGACCAAGCUAUAGAGAUUCUGGGAGACUUCAAAGCUCGCAAUCGGCACAUGCAUCUCGGACCAGGUGGCCAUGUUGUCACUGUCCCAAUCGCUCACGGCAAGAUGAUCAAUGUGGUCGCUUUGAUCGAGGAUCCAAGUGAUUGGCCUGACCCAACACAGCUAACUAGGAAGGGAGGUGGGCAGAAAGCUAUCGAGGCCUACAAAGAUUUUGGCGCCCCCGUCCGGAACCUCAUAAAGGCCAUGAUUGAGAGGAAUCCUACACCCGAUCUAUGGGGAAUUUUUGACAGCGUCGACAACCCCACACCAACCUUUGCAAAGGGCCGGGUGUGCAUUGCUGGAGAUGCAGCACAUGCCACUUCUCCUCAUCAUGGAGCCGGCGCUGGUAUGGGAAUUGAGGACGGUUUAGUCUUGUCGACACUGCUGGCUAAUGUUGCUUUGUUUUCGAAGCUCAACCGAGCUGCUGCUGUGAGAGCGGCUCUCAACGCAUACUCCCAUGUGCGGAAAGAGCGUUCACAAUGGGUGGCGGAGAGUAGCCGGGUGAUCGGACAGGUGCUAGAAUGGAGGUAUCCAGAGACAAUGCGGGAUUGGGAAAAAUGUCAAGCUGAGCUUACUUGGCGAUCUCACCGAAUCUGGCAUUGGGACCAGCAGGCCAUGUUGCAGGAGGCACAGAGUGCGUUUCAGAAGCUUCUGGGGAGUGUGGAAUAAGACUACUUAUGCAGAUGUAUGUUUCUCUAUUUGAUUUUCGUUGUUUUUUUGCCAGUUCCUGUGCGUUUUUGUAGCUGUGCUUAUUAAAAGAAAAUAUAGGUUAAGUCUAUACGAUUAGGGCUGAUUUCAGGCUAUAUCAAGUGACGAAAACCAAAGUCCUCC